AUGAAUAAUUAUUCCAGAGAUCCACCAAGCAAAAUUUUGCUUCUUGUUAUAACCUAACUAUCUCCAACCUUUCCUCUUUGUAAUGAUCUUCUAUUUUAACAAUUCACUAAAUAUGGUGAUAUUAAGAAAAUUCUUAUUUUCGAAAGAGGUAAGGCAAACAAAGCUUUUGUUGAAUAUUAUGAUGUGAAACAUGCAAUAGAAGCAAGAAAGGAAAAACUUGGAAAAUAUUUAGCUGAAGGUGAAGGAAAGUAGAUAUAUUUUAAUAAAUAUAGGCUUACCAUCCAUUUUUCUCGCCUUAAAAAUCUAGAUUUAGAAGUUGUAGAUAAAUCACGAGGAACAAAUUACACUUAAGCAAGUAGCACAAAUUCAGAAUCCAUGAAGCAUUCUAACACUGAUGAUCCCAACGUACUUAGACAAUAGAUUGAAUUAUUCACUCGCACUUUCACACAAACUUCUUAACGAAAUCUCAAUUCUACCAGAAAUGAUGAAAUUAAUAAUUUAUUGAAUUCAGAUUCUGAUGAUGAUAUUGAUAUCUUGAAAUAAUAAAAAUAACAAGGACCAUAAAUUAAUUAGGAUGUUAAAAAUAUGAUUACUCAAAAACCAUCUUAAAUUAUUUAAGUUACAUCAAUUGAUGAUAGAGUUACUGCUAAAAUGCUUUAUAAUAUUUUUAACAAAUUUGGAAAUGUGGAAGAACUUCUAUUAGAAAAAUAAAUGUAAAGAGCCUUUGUCAGAUAUUAAACUAUAGAAUUUGCUCAAAUUGGCAAAGAAUAUUUAAAUAAUAUUUAAUUUUUUGAUCAAUAAGUAAUCAAAAUAUAUAUUAAACUUUAAGUGGCGAAUUUCUUAUCGUCCUUUAUAACAAUUAGAGCCAUCUACUAUUUCAGAUGAAUAUAUGAUAUAUUAUAAUCCAAAUGGACCAAAAGUGAUUGUUCCAUUAUCUAAAACUAUUAUUCUUAGUGGUGUUACUGAAGCUAUGGAAAUAUCAGAGAUGAUGAGACUUGUUGCUAAAGUCACUGGUAAUAUANUAAUAAUAUUUUAGGAUUAUUGUUUCUUUAUGAAAAAUUCUAAGUCUUCAUUGUUUAAUAUAUUAGCUUGAAAAUAUAAUAUUUAUAAUUUAUGAAUAAUUAUUCCAGAGAUCCACCAAGCAAAAUUUUGCUUCUUGUUAUAACCUAACUAUCUCCAACCUUUCCUCUUUGUAAUGAUCUUCUAUUUUAACAAUUCACUAAAUAUGGUGAUAUUAAGAAAAUUCUUAUUUUCGAAAGAGGUAAGGCAAACAAAGCUUUUGUUGAAUAUUAUGAUGUGAAACAUGCAAUAGAAGCAAGAAAGGAAAAACUUGGAAAAUAUUUAGCUGAAGGUGAAGGAAAGUAGAUAUAUUUUAAUAAAUAUAGGCUUACCAUCCAUUUUUCUCGCCUUAAAAAUCUAGAUUUAGAAGUUGUAGAUAAAUCACGAGGAACAAAUUACACUUAAGCAAGUAGCACAAAUUCAGAAUCCAUGAAGCAUUCUAACACUGAUGAUCCCAACGUACUUAGACAAUAGAUUGAAUUAUUCACUCGCACUUUCACACAAACUUCUUAACGAAAUCUCAAUUCUACCAGAAAUGAUGAAAUUAAUAAUUUAUUGAAUUCAGAUUCUGAUGAUGAUAUUGAUAUCUUGAAAUAAUAAAAAUAACAAGGACCAUAAAUUAAUUAGGAUGUUAAAAAUAUGAUUACUCAAAAACCAUCUUAAAUUAUUUAAGUUACAUCAAUUGAUGAUAGAGUUACUGCUAAAAUGCUUUAUAAUAUUUUUAACAAAUUUGGAAAUGUGGAAGAACUUCUAUUAGAAAAAUAAAUGUAAAGAGCCUUUGUCAGAUAUUAAACUAUAGAAUUUGCUCAAAUUGGCAAAGAAUAUUUAAAUAAUAUUUAAUUUUUUGAUCAAUAAGUAAUCAAAAUAUAUAUUAAACUUUAAGUGGCGAAUUUCUUAUCGUCCUUUAUAACAAUUAGAGCCAUCUACUAUUUCAGAUGAAUAUAUGAUAUAUUAUAAUCCAAAUGGACCAAAAGUGAUUGUUCCAUUAUCUAAAACUAUUAUUCUUAGUGGUGUUACUGAAGCUAUGGAAAUAUCAGAGAUGAUGAGACUUGUUGCUAAAGUCACUGGUAAUAUAUCUCUAAUAAUACUAGAAAUCAAAAUUAUAUCUGCUGAUAGUUUAGAAAUAACUAUGAUUAAUAUUUCAGAAACUCUAAAAAUCAUAGCAGUAUUCUCUGACUAUGAAUACAAAAAUUAAAAAUUGAUUAUUUCUAUAAAAUGA